GGUCGCUGCACGUCUUUUAUCUAUCGGCGUAGACCCCAGGAAUUGAAUCUUUCCGAAACGUAGGACGACAGAACUUGUUUAUCGUAAUCCAGCAGAAAAAAGAAAGCAGAACUUGAACAGAAAGAUGGCUACAGCAGCAGUUUGGCGGCUUUGCACGCUUUCGCCGCGGCGAAUAUUUGCGUCGACGGCGAUAGUUGCGUCAAUCGUCGGCUCAAGUCCCUGGAAUCUCCGAUCCGGCCGAACCUCGUUUUUACUACAACAUCCAACGGGACAUUCACCAUUGGAAAUCCACCAUGCCCCCGUAUUGCAGCAGCAGCAGCGUACUAUUGUUGCGACCGAUUACACGAAGCCUAUACUUGACACACAGAGUGUGCGAGCUUCGUUUGCUCGAACGAUGUUUUACGAGCUGUCUCUCUGAUCACUGCGGUCGAAGUACUUCAACAUAGGCACCUUACGAUGGCCUCGUCUCUUCCCUCUCCUCCGUCCAGUCGGCCAUCCACAUCACCUCCAGCAAAGUCACAAUUCGAAUCACUCCCGAAAGACCCAGAAGAUGGUGGGCACCAGCCAGUGCCCGCCCAUACCAAGAUCGAGACGGCGGAUAACGAGCCGGAGGAGGAUAACAACGACGAAACCGAUCUCUCCCACCGCCUCGACUCGCUUCUCGAGUCCUAUCUGGCCUUUUUAGACCAAUACACCCGGCUCCGCGAACAACUAUCCAAAGAAUUUUCGUCCGGCUUCUUUGCUCUUGCACAAGCCAACCGCACCUCGACCCUCGGCCCUGGCAGACGGUAUGGCGAAGAAGGCUACGACAAGCGCAUGAAGGCGUCGAAGAAGGUGGAUAUCGACCUAGACACUUUCCUUCCCACGCUACUCGAUGAGAACACAACCACGGUGUCAGAAGACAAGACCGGAGCCGGUGCUGCUGGGAUUUUAGAAACGGACAGAGAACCGAAGACCCAACUGCCGUCAGGUGCUGCCAUUAUCUCAGAAACAAGCCGAGAGGGGAAGACACGGCUACCGUCACCGCAAGAUGAUCCGGUACCAGUACCUUACUCUCUACCCACGGAGAAAGACAACACAGAACCCAACCAAGUCACGACUCCAACGUCUCAAUUCCCCAAAAAAGAGAAUCAUCAAUCCACGAAUCCCAACAACGACCAAGACCACACCGCCCCAUCAAACACGUCCACCCUGAACGUGUCCGAGACUCUACCAGUCAAACUAUUAUCAAGCCUGUCCUUGUCCUGCCGCUCAUACACCAUCAAGACUGUUCCUAGUACAAACACCGACACCAACACCAGCAGCGGCAUCAAAGACCCUCUAAAAUGGUACGGCAUUCUCGUCCCCCCGACCCUCCGCCACUGUCAGUCCCACUUCUCAUCUUCCGUGGCCUCGACAAUCCCACGUCUUUUAUCUACAAUCUCCGCCCUUAAGACUUUAGAUUCCGAAAUCCGGCGAGUACGGCGCGAACUUGGGCUUCUCGAUCUGUACGACUUGGACCCUGAAUACCGUGAUCAUGAUACGGACAGCGUAAACAAUACCGACAGAGAGCCUCGACUUGAUGAUAACGAUGGUACCGCCACCGCCGGUACAUCCUCCUUCCUAUCAUCUGCACCCUUGGUGUCGAGUGGAAAGUCUGGUAAUCACACAGCUUCAGGUUCGCGCGCAAAGCUUGCUUCGUCAAUCGAGACCUCCUCCUCUUCGACUACUAGUAAGAGACAGACAUUGUUUUCUUCGUCACCUCAGCCAUCCGAACCACGGUCCCGGCUGUUGAAACUUGACUGAGCCUGAUGUUUUGUUUGGUAGAGCUCACUAAAAUACGUACUGUAGCUAGCUACGAAUAAUGAAGAAUGAAUAAUAUAAGUGCCUACCUAUUGUUUUCUGC